AUGAUCACUCAGUCUGUUAGCACUGUCUUAGUUCUUGGUCUUUCUCUCCUUUCCUUUGCUCCCCUUUGCUUUUGUGGCAAGACCAAUGGUGGCUACCUCUACCCACAAUUUUACGACAGGUCAUGCCCAAAAGCUCAAGAAAUAGUCAACUCCAUUGUAGCCAAGGCAGUUGCUAAAGAAGCUCGUAUGGCAGCCUCAUUACUCAGGCUCCAUUUUCAUGACUGUUUUGUCAAGGGGUGUGAUGCAUCCGUAUUGCUAGACAGCAGUGGAAGCAUAAUAAGCGAGAAGAGUUCAAAUCCGAACAGAAACUCAGCUCGAGGAUUUGAAGUAAUCGACGAGAUUAAAGCUGCACUAGAGAAGGAGUGUCCUCAAACAGUUUCCUGUGCUGAUGUCAUGGCUUUGGCUGCAAGAGAUUCUACUGUUCUUACUGGCGGUCCUAGCUGGGAAGUUCCAUUGGGAAGAAGGGACUCUAGAGGAGCAAGUUUGAGUGGUUCUAACGGCAAUAUUCCUGCUCCUAACAAUACAUUCCAAACAAUACUUACCAAGUUCAAGUUACAAGGUCUUAAUGUUGUUGAUCUUGUAGCACUAUCUGGGAGCCACACAAUUGGAAAUGCUCGGUGCACCAGCUUCAGGCAGAGGCUGUACAACCAGUCAGGAAAUGGGCAGCCUGACUACACUCUUCAGCAAUCUUUUGCUGCCCAAUUGCGCACCCGGUGCCCCAGAUCAGGAGGUGACCAGAACCUGUUUUUCUUGGACUUUGUAAGUCCAACAAAGUUUGAUAACAACUACUUCAAGAACAUAGUGGCUUCAAAGGGACUGUUGAGCUCUGACCAAGUUCUCCUGACAAAGAAUGAAGCAUCAAUGGAAUUGGUCAAUAAAUAUGCUGAGAACUGUGAGAUUUUCUUUGAGCAAUUUGCCAAGUCCAUGGUUAAGAUGGGAAAUAUCUCUCCGUUGACAGGUUCCAGGGGCGAUAUUAGAAAGAGUUGCAGGAAGAUUAAUGAUUGA